UGUCGCGAGUGCAUCACGGUUCACGAUGACAUGUCUUAGAUUGUAUGUUCUGUUACUCCUUGUUGCCGUAGUCAGAAGUCGAGAAUGUUCAGAUCCCAUUGUAAAGGUAGCCAACGGUGAGAUAUUAGGUAAACAAAGAAUCUCUACGAAUGGCAGAAAUUUCGUAAGCUUUCUCGGUGUGCCCUACGCCAGCCCACCGAUUGGAAAAUAUAGAUUUAAAGAGCCACAGCCGAUGCAACCCUGGUCUGGACCAUGGAACGCCACGCGGCUUCCCCCUGGAUGCCUUCAGUUCGAUCCUUCGAUCGAUAAAAUCACAGGUAGCGAAGACUGUCUAUUCGUCAAUGUCCACACACCGAACCUUCACUCCAGUGCUCUACUGCCCGUCGUAAUCUUCAUCCACGGUGGAGCCUACGUUUACGGAGCUGGAGGACAGUACGACGGUGUACAUAUGAUGGACAGAGACGUUGUCCUCGUGACAGUUAACUACCGUUUGGGACCGUUAGGUUUCCUAAGCACGGGCGAUACAGUUAUACCAGGCAAUACUGGUCUGAAAGAUCAGUCAUUUGCCUUGAAGUGGGUUCGCGAUAACAUCAAGUCGUUUGGCGGCAACCCUGACAGCGUCACACUUACCGGGUGCUCAGCAGGUGGUGCUAGUGUGCACUACCACUAUCUGUCACCACUUUCUAAAGGUCUUUUCCACCGAGGAAUCGCUUUUAGUGGAGCAGCAUUUACAUCGUGGGCGCAUUCUAUUAAGCCCGUGCAAAAGGCUAAAGAACUAGCCUCCCUCGUUGGUUGCGAUACCACCAAUAGCCGCGACAUGGCUGAAUGCCUCAGAUCUAGACCCGGAGAAAUGAUUGUUAACGCCCAAAUAGAGAUGUUUGACUAUAGAGUGAAAUGGUUCAACGUAUUCGCGCCGACAGCGGAGGAUCCCAAUACGAAAAAUCCAUUCCUCACCCAGCAUCCUUAUACAGCCAGUCAAGCUGGUGAAAUGCAACGUCUCCCACUCAUCGCUUCCGUGACCUCUGAAGAAGGGUUGUAUCCAGCAGCAGCCUAUCAAAAAGAGCCAACUAUCCUGCCAGAGCUGGAAGCGAGAUGGGAAGAACUUGCAAGCAACAUUUUCGAGUUCAAUGAAACUCUGCCUAUCAGUAUGCGUACCAGUGUUGCCAACAGGAUAAAGGAAAAGUACUUAGAUGGCAGACCUGUCAGUCAGAAAACAUUUGACGAGCUCGUCCAAGCUCUUGGGGAUCGUUUGUUCACGGCGGACGUUGGCAAACUUGCACAAAUACACGCUACGCAAUCCCGCCAACCGACCUACUCUUACCGCUUCUCCUAUAGCUGGCAGUAUAGCUUCUCCAACGUGAUGGCCCGAAACUAUGAAAACUAUGGAGUAUGCCAUUCUGAUGACGUAAUCCUGGUUCUCAAGUAUCUCCCAACGGAGACCACUUGUGCUGAAGAUCUGCAGAUGAGAGAAGCUCUUCUCGAUAUGAUCUGUAGCUACGCCGAGACUGGAGUACCAAAACUGCCGAAUGCACCCAAAUGGAUGAAAGUCAAACCGGGACAAGAGGAAUUGUCUUACAUGGAAAUAGCCGGACCGAGCGAUAUAAAAAUGAAAUCCAGUGCCGACUUCGGCAAAAAAACCUUUUGGGACAGUCUCGGCUUCAAUGAAGAUGACGACUUUAACGGAAUUUAUGAUGAAUUUUAGU